CACCCAAUAUAAUUAAAGCACUCACUUCUAUGCACUGCUCAGUGAUUAUAUUAUAUCCCACUCGUCAUCUCUCUUCCCUAAAUAGUCGCAUCCACGUUUUAUCUUUCAUUUCUUUCCUCUGAAAUUCUUCUUCCAUAAUGGAGAAUUACUCAUAUAACUCUUAUCCCGAUUCCAGCAACUCCUCGCCGCGGUCCCGGGAAAUUGAAUUUGAGAAUCCGCCGCCGCCAUGGGAGGAGCAGCCUCAGAAUUACAAAAUCAAGUUUAUGUGCAGCUACGCCGGCAAGAUCCACCCGCGUCCGAAUGAUAAUCAGCUCUCGUACCUCGGCGGGGAGACCAAGAUCCUCUCCGUCGAUCGCAACAUCAAGUUUUCCUCCGUGAUAUCCAAGUUGUCUGCUCUCUGCGGCGGCGAGUCUGAAGUCUCGUUUAAGUACCAGCUUCCCGGCGAGGACCUCGACGCUCUGAUUUCGGUUACCAACGAUGAUGAUCUCGAGCAAAUGAUGCUGGAAUACGAUCGGAUGUACAGAGCCUCCCCGAAGCCAGCGAGGAUGCGGCUUUUUAUAUUCCCGGUUAGUGGGCCCAAUACAAGUUUUUCGUCGGACGGGGAGAAUUCAGAGCGGGAACGGUUCGUGGAGGCUUUGAAUAGCUUAGGGCCUGUUUGGUGUGGAUUAUUGGAGUUUCAGCUUUUGGACACUAUUCAUGUCUCAUGCAUUUAAAUUUUCCUCUUAAAAACUUACACUUUUAAAUAUUUUUUUAAUCUCAAAAAGCUCUUAAACAGUAAAAGUUCAAAAGUUUC